AAAUCAACCGUAACGUCACAAAUUUAAUAAAAAUUACAAAAAUAAUACUUAAAUUAACGUAAAAUUAAUUUCACAUGGAUUGUUAAGCGGUUUGGUAUGGGGUUGGUAUUCGCUGCUUGUGUCAUGUGCAAAAUGUCAUGUGCUUAUGUCAUAUGAGUUAUUAAACGAAAAAUUCUCGUGUUAUGGCUGAUGGUUCAUUAAAUGAAGUAAAUAUGGGAGAAAAAGCUAUCGACCCACAAGAGAAUCAAGAUCAUCAAAAUGAGGAUGAUCUUGAUAGUGAAGAAGUAGUUGAGGACACUGUCAGCGUUGAGGAAUACAAUGCCAUAGACAGCAAAUUAGAUGAAUUAAAUUCUGCUCUCGAUUUCAUUGAAGCACAAAAUGAUAAUAUUUAUUCUCAGCUUUUGUCAUUACUGCAAUCUAACAGAGAAAUACGAGAAGAAUUAGCUGAACAAAAUUCUUCAGGUGAUGAGGUUCAAAAUUAAAAGGCUUGAAAGAAAUAAAUGUCAUGAGUAUUAAGAAUAAUAUCCAAAAAUAUACCCAUAUAUUCCUUCUAUGUCAGAAAAUAGGAUGUAAAUAAUAAUUUUUCAGGUAUGUAAUAAAUAUUUACAUACAUUUACAUUUAUAUUAUUUUCUUGGUAACUGUUUUUUCUCUUAUUUCUGCCUAGAGCUCAUAUU